AUGUUUCAGUCAUUGUAUACUCAACGAUACUCUGAGGAACAGUAUUCUCAAUACAAAAACACUUUAUAUAAUAAGUUUAAAGAAAUUAUGGAAUCAAAAGAGGUUAUUGAUAGUGGAGAAGUUAUGUUACUAUACAACAUAGUUUAUUCAAUUUGUGCCUCACAAGAUGACAGACUUAGAGAACGACUAUAUUAUGAUAUUUAUUCUUUUAUUACACGAAGAACUAAAGACAUUAUUAUUACUAUCCAAAGUAAUAAAAAUCAAGAAUUACUUAAGAGUUAUAAUAAAGAAUUUGAACAAUUUGAAAAUGGCAUCAACUAUAUUGAACGUGCUUGUAAAUAUUUAAGUAAACACACAAUUGAAACAGAAAUUAUUAAAAAUGGAUCAAAUGCUAAGUUUAAAGAGAUUAGUGAUAUUGGUAAAAUUGAAUGGAAAAAGAAUAUUUUUGAUUUAUUGGAAAAACAAAUUCAAGAAGUUGUUAUCACUAUUAUUAAACAAGUCAGAAAUGAGAAAAGUGAUAAUUAUGAAAUGAAUGAAAUAAAAAAGUAUUGUAAAACACUUAUUCAAUUACACUCUGUUAAAGGAAGCGAUGUCAUUGGAUUAUAUGUCUCUUCAUUUGAAAACGAUUAUUUAAAUAAACUUAAAAAGUAUACAAAAAAAUGGGCAAAUACUCAUAUUAAAGAACUUGAUAUGAAAAGUUAUUUAAAAGAAGGUCUUGAUUUAUUAAAAAAAGAACAACAGGUGAUUGGGUGCAAUCUUGACUCAAUCACUUUUGAUCACAUCUCAUUAAUUAUGAGUGACGAACUAUGGAAAGAGAAGAAAGAAGUUCUAAAAGUCCAUUUUGAAGAAGCAUUUGAAACAGAAAAUUUUGAGUACAUUCUUUUAUUUUAUAAAGUAUUCAACAAAUGUUCUAACUCUAAUGAAUUAUUAAUUGGUCUUUCUCGUUCAUUUGGUGAAUGGAUUAGCUCUAUAUUCAAAAAAACAUUAAAUGGAUUUACCUGUAAUGAACCAAAUGAUAUUGGAAUAGAAUUAUUAAAUAAUUAUAUUUCUUGUUAUAUGAAAGUAAGUGAAGUUUUAAAAUUGUUUAAUGGAAAUGCAUUAUUUGGUGAAGAAUUAAAACAACGUUUAAAUCAAUUCCUCAAUUCACCAUCAAAUAAAUAUAAUGAACUUCACCCCAAAUUUAUAGCUCAAUAUAUUGAUCAACUAUUACGUGGAGUUGGAGUAGGAAAAGACAGUAAAGAAGUUAUAUUAACUAAGAUAGAAGAAUCAAUGAAUAUUUUACAAGCAGUUCAAAACAAAGAUAUCUUUAUGCAUUUUAAUUCUCAUUAUCUUGCACGGAGAUUAAUAAACAAAACAGUUAGUAUAGAUGAAGACAUUGAUAAAAGUAGUAUUGAUGGAAUUCGUUCUGUCUGUGGAUUUGAGUAUGUAUCUAAAAUGAAUCAUAUGGUUCGUGAUAUUAAUAAUAGUGUUAAUUUAAAUGCACAUUUUCAUGAAUUAUAUAAAACGCCUCUUUAUGUUAAUGUUUUAACUUCAGGUAUUUGGCCAUUUUCAACUGAAAAUUCACUAUCAAAUGAUACGCUCCCUAGAAGUAUUUUAUUGGCUCAAAGCAAGUUUGAAGAGGAAUACUUAAAAAAGGGAAAAAAUAAAAAAUUAAAAUGGCUUAAUAAUUUAGCUAAGGUUAAUGUUAUAGUGACUGUUGGGAAAUAUAAAUAUGAGAUGAUAUUGGCAGGAAUAUAUUAUAUUGUUUUAGACCUUAUUAAUCAAUAUCAAAUAGAAUGGAAAUCUAAAAGUAAAAUAAAAGAAGAAGAUGUAGAAAGGACAGAGAAAGUAUUAACUAAAUUAGGAAUUAUUGAAAAUAAUCACAUCAAAACAUCUUAUUUUACUGAUCAAAAACGGAAAAAAAUUGUUAUUGGGUUUCAAGAGAUUAAUCAAAUUACUAAGGAGAGUCAAGUAAAUAAAGAACUUGCGCAAAGUAGAAAAGUUAGUCUACAAGCGAUUAUUGUAAGAAUUAUGAAACAAAGGAAAGUUAUUGGUCAUCAACAAUUAAAAGAAGAAAUAAUGAAAAUUAGUUCCUCUAAAUUUGUUCCAUCAACUAUAAUGAUUAAAGAAUGUAUUGAAUUUCUUAUCGAAAAGGAAUAUAUGAAAAGAAAAGAUGAUGAUCCAUCUACUUAUGAAUAUGUGUAUUAG